CUAAUUCUUUUACUAAUCUAAUUACAAUCUUUGUGUUAUGUAAAUGGAUUAUUAACAAAUAUUAAUAAAUAGUUUAUGUUAGAUCGGAUGGAAGAAUUUUAAAAUCCACUUCCAUUUAUUGGUUAUGAAUCUUGACUAUUAAUUUGUCAUUACUAGUAUCAAUAGUAUGACUAAUCUGUAAGAUAAUCCUUUUUUAUGAAACAUUGGCAAUACUCGGGUAAUUACCUAUUUACUUUAUUCACUUUCACGGUGAAUAAUUUUUUUACUUAUAGAGUAAGCAUUUUAAGUCAUGUCGAGCAGCACGCUUAAGGAUUUCUCGGUACAAGAAAUGGUUGGGAGAAAAAUACAGCAAGAAUAUUAUGAACUUCUUCCCGAUUGGAAUAAAUAUGACGUGGAAGAUUUAAACAUAUUGCGCCAAUAUAUUGGAUAUGCGGUAGGUUAUUUUAAUAAUGAAUGGGAACUUGAUAAUUCGGGAAAUGUUGAAAGUGAAUCGAAUAGCGUGAUGGACAACCACUGUUCAGGAAAUGAAGAACAGAAAUCGGUUAAGUGCGAUGGAGAAAUGGAAUGUCGAAGGGAAAUGGUAUCUUCAAUAUACGAUCAAAUAAUAAAAUAUGGUAGGGAGUCAGAUGGGAGUAUUUUCUGCGGCGUUAUAUAUAAUGUCAUAUAUGAAAUGCCAAAGAAGGAUAAACCGAUAAAUUACGAUACUGUUAUGCAGCUACCAAUUUUUAAAAUUAGAAAUCAUGACAAUCUUUCGAAAGAGUAUAAUAUACAAUAUAUAGACAAUGAUGGAAGAUUAUACGAAAAUUGGGAUGAUUACUUAACGUCUAAUAAAUUGUUCGAAUGCAUUAUGGUAGUACCCAAAAAUGGAUAUUACGAAGCAGAUCUUGAUUUUGCGAUAACGGAAGAGAAUUCUACGGUAUUGGUCGCAGUUUAUCUCUCGCCAGCUUGUUCGAAAAACGCCGAAAUAGUUAAAUACAUAGACAACACGUUUAGCUUAUUAAGUGUUGGUACUCUUGGAGUUACCGCUGUGUCACUCUUUACUCCUGUUGCACCUCUGGCCCUGUUGGCAGGAUCAACAGCAACAAUCUGCGGCGGUAUUUGGAUGACUGGCAGAUCUAUAUAUAAUUUAGUUGAUCGUAACUCACAUAAACAAUCUAUCAGUCCCACAGACAAAAAUGCCCUAUCAUCCUGGAUCGCAGUUGCCGGAUCUACAAUGGGGAUGGCAAUGAGCAGUGGUGGUAUGAUAAUUUCAAAAGCUGCGCAAGCUGGUAAAAGUAUAGGAUUAGUUAGCAAAGCAGCGUAUAAUACAGCAGUAAUUGGUAAUAUAUCUAUCAAUCUCGCUGGUAUUGGAUUCAACGGUUAUUGUAUCGUUAAAAAGUAUCAGGAAGGCCAUAAGGUCGAUAUGAUCGAUGCACUUUCCUUUGUGAUGCAUGCAAUGUUUUUUGCUAAUACUAUAUUGAAUAUACAAUUUGCCCAUGAUAUUAUUGAUAGUAGUCAUGGUAAGGUUCUGGAAGAGUACGAAAGCACUUUACGGAAUAAACGUCAUCGUAAAGCGUACAAUAAAGUAAAAAAUAAGGCACAAUCAAAAGAGGAAAUAGUACGAUACAUUAAGAAAGUUAAAUCAAAAGCAGAACUUUUCUCUUCUAAGAGCGGUAGUCAAGCGACUGGUAGUAAACCAAGUGAUGGUCAACCAAGUGGUAGUCGAGUAGACGGUAAUGAAGCAAAUGGUAGUAAACCUAGUGAUGGUCGACCAAGUGGUAGUCGAGCAAAUGGUAGUAAACCAAAUGGUAAAAAAUCAAGCGGUAGCCAAACAAGUGGUAGUCGACCAAAUGGUAAUGAGGCAAAUGAUAGCAAACCAAAUGGUAGUAAACCUAGUGAUGGUCGACCAAGUGGUAGUCGAGCAAAUGGUAGUAAACCAAAUGGUAAAAAAUCAAGCGGUAGCCAAACAAGUGGUAGUCGACCAAAUGGUAAUGAGGCAAAUGAUAGCAAACCAAAUGGUAGUAAAACAAGUGAUGGUCAACCAAGUGGUAGUCGAGCAGACGGUAAUGAAGCAAAUGGUAGUAAACCUAGUGAUGGUCGACCAAGUGGUAGUCGAGCAAAUGGUAGUAAACCAAAUGGUAAAAAAUCAAGCGGUAGCCAAACAAGUGGUAGUCGACCAAAUGGUAAUGAGGCAAAUGAUAGCAAACCAAAUGGUAGUAAAACAAGUGAUGGUCAACCAAGUGGUAGUCGAGCAAAUGGUAGUAAACUAAAUGUUAGUGAACCAAAUGGUAGUAAAACAAGUGAUGGUCAACCAAGUGGUAGUCAACCAAAUGGUAAUAAACCAAGUGGUAGUCAACCAAAUGGUAAUAAACCAAGUGGUAGUAAAGCAAGUGGUAGUAAACCAAGUGGUAGUCAAUCAAAUGGUAAUGAAACAAAUGACGGGAACAAAAGUGUUCAAGGAACAAACGUUGAGGAAAAAAGUAUUGAUAAAACGAUUAGUAAGAUAAAGGAUAAUAUUCGAAUAAAUGGCGAUACAAUAAAAAUGCUUGCGAAGGAGAUAAAAAUUGAAGGAGGUAAAAUAUAUAUUGCAAAUUUCAUUAUAUUGAAUCCAAUAGUAUUUAUAAAUAACUUGAAGAAACCAAACAUGAAAUUUAGUGAGGCCUUUUUAGCCAGUAUUGAUGUUUCCGUUACACCACUCUGCGAUCAAAUUUUGAGGUUGUUAGCUUCUCAUUGCAAUAAUUAUCCUUUAGUUACUAAAUUAAAUGCCAUCCCAGAAUUUAAAAUGCUCCUUGUUGAGAUGCAAUAUAUAGAUGAUCCGGAAAAGCUCUUAGAGAAAAUAUUUUUCCUUUCGGUAAAGAUGCUUAUCAAACAUUUUCAAGGUUCUAAUCAGCCCAUCUCAAAUGAAAAGUUAUUCGAAAUAGCAUAUGUCUUAUGGCGCUAUGGGAAGGCACAUGCGAAAGGAAAGCUACGAGAAAGAGAUAAUGAAAAAAUGAUGUCAGAAAUAAUGUCUAUUCUAUAUGAUGUUAUGUUGGAUUAUUACGAUACACUAGCUCCGACCUUUUUACAUGCAUUACGUAUUUAUUGGGAAAAUUCCGCAAGUACAGUAAUUUAUAAAGAUAAUACACGCCUUUCUUAUUAAUGAUAUAUUCGAGCUAAGAUACUCGAAUAUUAAUACGAAGUUAUAAAAAUAAUAAAAUAAGGUGCUUUGUAAAUAUAGAUUUAACUGUUACAAAUUUAUCUGUAAUACGUAUAAUACUUGUAUUUUAUACAUGAAUUUUUUAUAUCCCUAUUAUUCUUUAUCACGAAGCAAACGAAAGAGAAGAUUUUUAUUACGAGGAAAUAUGUUAUAUUUUGUGUAUUAACGAAAAAGAAAAAUGAUAAUAAAUAUAU